AUGUCAGGACUUCACCUUCCUCCAUCAUUUCUACUCAAGUACCAAGCAUGCUGUGAAUUUAAUGCAAUCACCGAAGCAACAAGACGAGAGCUACGAGAGAUAAGAGUUGCUAUGAUGUCUCCUAGACUUGUAAGAACAGAGUUUCAAGGCACAAUUAAUGCUAGGAGAUAUAGGUCUAAAGGAGAGCAAAUUUUUACUUCCCAUGAACAGGUACUUGAAGCUGAUGAUAUAGCUUCACUAGUCAUAGCAAUUCUUCAGACUCCUCUUCAUGUUACCAUACAGAUUCAUGACAUCCUUGUACAGCCAACAACAUUAGUAUUUUAA